AAAGGAAAAUAGAACUAAAUAAAUGGUCUUCUAUCUCCUAGCUGGAUUUAGACAAGGAGUAGGUCUAGGGCUUUUUCAUCUGAAACCAGCAAGAUUCUCAAUCUCAAGCCGCCCCCUUUUAUUUUCUCUGUUAACUAAAAAAGACAAGACCUUUCCAUUUCUUCACAUCAGCAGCAACAAUGGAAGAGAAUGACCAAACCCCUCCAUCUGAAGAGAUGCAAUCCCUCACUGUCACCCCUUCAGCUUCAUCCUCAUCAAAUCCCACUACACCGCAGUUGUUAAGUUUAGAGGAAAGGUUUCAACUUGUGAGAAGCGUUGGUGAAGAAUGUAUCCAAGAAGAUGAACUACGUAAUCUUCUCGAGAAAAAACCACUACCCAUUUGCUAUGAUGGUUUUGAACCUUCUGGGAGAAUGCACAUUGCUCAGGGAGUCAUGAAGACAAUAAAUGUCAACAAACUGACUAAAGCUGGUUGCAAAAUGAAAAUUUGGAUUGCUGAUUGGUUUGCACAGCUUAAUAACAAAAUGGGAGGAGACUUGAAGAAAAUUAAAACUGUGGGGGAAUAUCUUAUAGAGAUAUGGAAGGCAGUUGGGAUGGAUAUUGAUGGAGAUAAGGUUGAAUUCCUGUGGUCUUCGGAUGAAAUUAACUCCAGAGCUCAUGAGUACUGGCCUCUAGUUAUGGAUAUAGCCCGCAGGAACAAGCUUCCUAGGAUAAUGAGAUGUGUUCAAAUCAUGGGACGUAGUGAGCAGGAUGAGUUAACAGCAGCCCAGAUUUUCUAUCCAUGCAUGCAAUGUGCAGACAUAUUUUUCCUCAAGGCUGACAUUUGUCAAUUGGGCAUGGAUCAACGGAAAGUAAAUGUCCUUGCAAGAGAAUACUGUGAUGAUAUCAAGAGGAAAAAUAAGCCUAUCAUUUUAUCUCAUCACAUGCUACCUGGUUUACAGCAAGGGCAAGAAAAGAUGUCUAAAAGUGAUCCAUCUUCUUCCAUCUUCAUGGAGGAUGAAGAGGUAGAGGUAAAAACUAAGAUAAAGAAGGCAUACUGCCCCCCACAAAUUGUUGAAGGAAAUCCUUGUCUGGAAUACAUUAAACACAUUGUUUUCCCGUGGUUCAAUAAGUUCAAGGUGGAACGGAAUCCAGAAAAUGGUGGAGAGAAGAUCUACGAAAGCUUUGAAGAACUUGUCUCUGACUAUGAAAGUGGCGGAUUACAUCCGGGUGACCUGAAACCAGCUCUUGCAAAAGCAUUAAAUAUGAUACUUCAGCCUGUACGUGAUCAUUUUAGCAAAGAUCCCAAGGCAAAGGAUCUGUUGAAACGAGUCAAGGGUUAUAGGGUAACAAGGUGACGAGGAAGAGAAUGUGAUUCCCUAUCAAUGCCGAACUUGGAAUUAUACUUCCAAUACAUCUAAAUAUUGCUAAAUGCUUAUUUGAUAAAGAAUCUUGUUAAUGUUUUGGGGUUAUUUUUUAGAUUUUGAAAGUUGUAACCAAUCACUACCUAGUGCCAACAUUGUAUUUGUAUUCAUCAGAAAACCUUGUUUCUCCCUUUUAUUUA